GUCACUGUACCAACGGAGUAGAAAUCGAUUUGGACUGAGCUUAAAAUUCUCAAGCUUGGCAGCAUUUGUUAGCAGCCCUGUUUCUUAACGAAAAUAAAGUGUUCCCCUAAAAUAUCUACAAAAUUUGAAAGCAAUAAUUCCUGGGUGAUGUAUAUGUAUAUUGAAUAGUAACUUUUAAAAUGAAUUCAGAAAGUUUGCAUUGUAUAAUAUGCAAUGGGGCUUGGGAUCCCUGUGCUGACUACAUAGAAAUAUUUGCUGCAGAUUCCAACAGAGAAUCAGACUUACAUAUAGUAUCUUUAGUGUCAACACUGCUGGAUAAAGAUAUUAAAGAAGAUCCAGAAAAUGUCCAAUUAAUUUGCAAAAAGUGUUUUUCCUAUUUAACUGAACUAGAAGAACUACAAACAAGAGUAGCUGAAAUUAAAAAUGAAAUUUUUGAAACAAGUGGACAAGAAGAUAGUGUAUUUACAGAAAACCCUGAAAAUGAAAUCACACAAGCAAAAACUAUUUCUCCUAAGAAGAUGUUAUUUAUUCCAUCAUCCGAUGAAGAUUCCACACAAGUAUUAACAGAAAACAACAGUUUUCAAAUAAAGCUAGAAGAGGACACUAAUGAAGUUGCAUUUGCGAGUGAUAUAGAACAAGGAGAAGAAACCGAGGAAAUGGAAAUUGAAGAAAAUAUCGAAUAUCAAACUUUUUCAAAUGUCGAAGGAGAAAUUUUAGAUUCUGGAGCAAUGGACAACUCAUCUGAUUCAGAUUUUGACCCUUCCACUUUAACCAGAGUAUUUAGUAAAAAGUCUAAUAUAAUUGAAGUUUCUAGUUUCAACGAUGGCGAGUUUAAAGAUUUGUUAAAGUUGGACUCGACCAGUACAGACGGGACAAUAAAAAUAUCAACAUCUAAUAGUUUAGAGAAAAAACCAAUCAUCUUAAGAAAGAAGAUAUCCUAUAAUCCCAUAGAAACUGUCUUUGAAGAAGAAAGAAACAUCACUGCUCCUAUUUCAUUACCAGUUGUACUUAAGGAUGGUAAUAUUUACACAUGUGUAUUGUGUCAGGGAGAUGAGACAGUCGCAGGAGACUCAAAAGCGAUAGUAGCUCAUGUUAAAGAAGAACACGGUUUUCGAUUAUACAUUUGCGACGUUUGUGGGCAGGAUUUUUGUAAACGAAAUCAAUUGUCAGCUCAUUUAGAUGAACACGUUGCAGCUGAAGAAGGGGAUUUUCAGUGUGAAGUUUGCAAUAGAAUUUUCAGCAAUCUAAGGUUAUUUCGCAUCCAUAAACGCAUGCACAAUCCACAAACGAAGGCAUGGGUGUGUGACACUUGUGGCAAAAAGUAUAACAGCAAGAAUCUACUGGAUGAGCACGUCAAUACACAUUUAGGUGUCCGUCCGUACGUCUGCGAAAUCUGCCAUAAAGAUUUCGCCAGCAAAUAUACAUACAAAGCCCACGAAAAAACACACGACGUACGACCGCGACCUUAUAAGUGCUCCCAAUGUGAUAAAUCGUUCCUAAGCCAACCUAAUCUAACUCAACACGAACGCACACACUUGGGAAUGAAAGAAUAUGGCUGUCAAUGGUGUGGCAAACAAUUCGGUUCGUCUCAUAAUCUCGAAGUGCAUUCUAUUGUUCAUACUGGCUACAAACCGUUCGUGUGUGGUUUGUGCGGGAAAGCUUUUGCUAGAAAAGCAGAGAUUCGAGACCACGAAAGAACUCACACAGGAGAAAGACCGUACCAAUGUGAAUUUUGUGGUGCUACAUUCAGUCAACGUUCCAAUUUACAAUCACACAAAAGAGCUACACAUUAUGAUGAUAAGAGAUAUCGGUGUACGUUAUGUGAGAAAGGUUUUAAAAGAAGACGACUUUUAGACUACCACAUUAAGGCAGCUCAUACAGGAGAAAGACCCUACAGAUGUGAAGUAUGCGAAGCUACUUUCGUAUAUCCCGAACAUUUCAAAAAACACACUCGGAUUCACACCGGCGAAAAACCCUUUCUUUGCGAAAUGUGUGGAAAAGCUUUUAACAGUAGGGAUAAUCGAAAUGCACAUAGAUAUGUUCAUUCUGAUAAAAAGCCUUAUGAAUGUCUCGUAUGUGGCGCAGGGUUCAUGAGGAAACCAUUAUUGUAUCAGCAUAUGCAAACCCAAGGUCAUGUGAACGACACCUUCGUAGUUAAUCAACCACGACUUAAUAUUAACAUCAAAGAAGAGGAUCUGAUUCCUGUUAAUCCGACCGAAGAAAUAGAAUUAUUGGACGCGUCUUCGUCCGACGGUAAUUUGUAUAUCCAGGAUCAAGAUGGUACGGAACAUAUAUUGAUAGAUCAGCCUAUAAGUAUCGCUGAGGUUGGUAGCGAAGAGGAUAACGAGGAGUUGAUUAAUGAAAUUGAACAGGUUGCUGAAGAUCAAGGAGAAGAAUGCGAAGAAAUACUAACAAGUGAUGCAUUAGCAACUGGAGAAACUCAAAUAAUAGAAACAUCAGAAGGACCAAUACAAUUGGUUAAAGUAAGAAUACAUCAGGGAGAUGGAGAAGAAAAAGAAGCUUGGAUUAGGAUAGUUCCUCAAUAAAAUACGCCCGUGCUAUGUUAUAUGUAAUUAUAGUCUUAAGACUAUUUACUAUUAAAACUAUUAAG